AUCCGAUCGCCUGAAAAGGUGUGUGGGUCCGUUCUGUGUUCAUCUUGUCCUUCUAUGAGAAAGACAAAGACGUCCCCUAAGGAACACGUGUCAUUUUACGUACGGCGUUUUAUCUCUGAGUCAGCACCCGCACGCCAUGGCGCCUAAGUACAAGUUCACGUACUUCAACGCGAGAGGACGCGGCGAGUUGGUCAGACUGAUUUUUGCCGCGGCAGGAGUGGAGUACGAGGAUGUCAGGUUCGACUGGGAACAAUGGCUCGCCUUCAAGGCAAAAGGAACCACGCCGAUGGGUCAGAUCCCGGUCCUGGAGGUGGAUGGCCGCAUGAUGUGCCAGAGUCUGGCCAUAGCUCGAUACGUCGCCAGGGAAACAGGUCUAUGCGGGACAACCAGCUGGGAGGAGGCACAAGCCGACAUGUUCGUGUGCGGGGCGGACGAUCUCCUCACCAACCUCAUAACUGUUCGUUUCGAAAAGGACGAGGCAAAGAAGGAAGAAGGGAAGAGGGAUCUGGCGAAUUAUGUCCCCAACUUCCUCGCUAACUACGAGAAGCUCUGUGGAACUGAGGGAUACCUUGUCGGAACGAGUCUGACCUACGCUGACCUGGCCUUCUUCAAUGUCAUGCACGACAUCCUGAAAGUGACCAGUCUGGACAAGUAUCCCAAACUGGCCAAGGUUGUGGAGCACGUCACGGCGGACAGGGGAGUGGCUACCUGGCUCGCCAAGCGUCCUGACACUCCUCUCUUGAAGGAAGUCAGAGUUGUGGCUGAACACGACCUCACCAUCAUGGCGCCCAAGUACAAGUUCACGUACUUCAACCUGCGCGCGCGCGGAGAGCUUUCCAGGCUGAUCUUCGCCGCCGCCGGGGUGCAGUAUGAGGACUACAGGAUCGACUUCCCCCAGUGGCCGGCCUUUAAGGAAAAAACCCCGAUGGGCCAGAUGCCGCUCCUGGAGGCUGACGGGAAGGUGGUGUGUCAGAGCGGGGCGAUAGCGCGCUACCUGGCCAGAGAAACAGGUUUGGGAGGGAAGUCCAGCUGGGAAGAGGCACAAGUGGACAUGUUCGUGUGCGGUGUGGGCGAUCUCAUCGACAAGCUCUGCGAUGCUCACUUCGCUUCAGACGAGGCCAUCAAGGAGGAGAGGACGAAAGCUCUUGGUCCUUACGUCACCAAGUUCCUCGACAACUACGAGAAACUGGGCGGUCCUGACGGCCAUCUUGUUGGUACCAGUCUGACCUACGCUGACCUGGCCUUCUUCGUGGGAAUGCACGACAUCCUGAAGGAACGCGCAGACGCACUGGAGAAGUUCCCCAAGCUGGCCAAGGUGGUGGAGAGUGUCAGGGAGAACAAGGGAGUCGCUGCUUACAUCGCAGAGCGCCCGGAAACAAAUAUAUAGUUUUGAAUAUGGCAUGUUUUGUAGUCCUUUAUUCUGUUGCAAAUCUAAUGCAAAUGGAUACUUGAUUUCUUACCCCCUGGUUGCUGUUGUCACAGGCAAUCGAGCUAUUAUCAAUGACAAUGACAAUGACAAUGAAGUUUAUUGCAUAUCCAUGCCCAUUGGAAGUCAGUUUGGUAGAAAGGGAGUAAACGAAAAGCUAUAGAUAUACUAUAAUUUACAUGCUUCUUCUCUGUUCUUAAAACAUGUGUAGACGAAGUUACAGAGUUUUCCAUUAAAUCGUAAUUAGACUUA